CAUUGCCAUCACCGCACCCCUUCCCUGCAUACGGUCUGCUCCGCAGCAUUGCUGACGUGGCCGCCAGGCCCGAGAGGCAGCGUGGUGGAGCAGUAUGGUGACGUGGCAGCGGUGCACAUCACCCACCCUGGGCACCAGCUUGACUUGACAAGAUAUGGAGAUGAG